ACUGCUCGCGAGUCGUGUGGAUGCGAGACGCUCCGGCGGUCGUGCAACUAAACCCCGACGCUCACCGAAGAUCUCAUCUUGACACUGUCCGGCUGAAGUGUGCCACUGUUGUGCUUCAACGACUAUCCAGACCCACUUCGUCGCGACCUGCUCUGGACUUUUUCCAAUUCCACCUCUUCUCAUCCGAGCGUCCCAGCUCCAACCUUCUCUUUUUAAGCUGCACGCGGUCAUGGUGCUUUACUUUUGAGUUCCCAUUUCCUCUCCUUGCGUAUGGAGCUAUUCAACCCGACCUGGAUGUAUCGACCUAAGGGGGUGAGUCUACCUGCCACCGCCGCCUGUCAACAGUGAGGAGACCCGAACAUGCAUCCGGGCAUAGUCUGCAUUUGUGCGACACGGAGCUCAGUUUACGGGGACCUCCUCGUCUGAACCAGGCCAGCCGAGUUAAAACUGGGUGCCAAUCCGAAAUUCACACUCCUUCCUUCUACCACAAUGUGAAGAUGACUGGUGAUGCUUUGCAGAGAACCACCCGUCGUUAACUUUUCUCCAGCUUCCUGAUCUCAUCUCUGAAAAAAACCCAACUUUUAUUGGACAGCUCACCUACUCGAAGCACAAUGGCCUCAUCUUCGUGGAGGUGUCCAGCCUUCUCCUGCCUGCUGCUCCUUCUUUGCUGCUGCCACUGUUCACUAGGGUUUAGCCGCGCCGCACUGCCCUUUGGCCUGGUUCGACGGGAACUCUCAUGCGAGGGCUACGCCAUCGACCUACGGUGCCCUGGCAGCGACGUCAUCAUGAUCGAGACGGCCAACUACGGGCGGACUGAUGACAAGAUCUGCGACGCCGACCCAUUCCAAAUGGAGAACGUCAACUGCUACCUUCCCGACGCCUACAAGAUUAUAUCACAAAGGUGCAACAACCGUACGCAGUGUGUGGUUGUCACUGGCUCUGAUGUCUUUCCCGAUCCAUGCCCCGGCACCUACAAGUACUUAGAGGUCCAGUAUGAGUGUGUUCCCUAUAUCUUCAUUUGUCCUGGGACUCUAAAGGGCAUCGGCGACGCCACCUUCUUGUACGAGGCAGAGCAACAAGCGGGAUCGUGGUGCAAAGACCCGCUACAAGCUGGGGAUAAGGUCUUCUUCAUGCCUUGGACCCCAUACCGCACUGACACUCUCAUCGAGUACGCUUCUCUUGAGGACUUCCAAAACAACCGACAGACCACCACAUACAAAUUGCCCCACCGGGUAGACGGCACUGGCUUCGUGGCCUAUGAUGGCGCCAUCUUCUUUAACAAGGAGCGUACACGCAACAUUGUCAAGUUCGAUCUUCGCACGCGCAUCAAAAGCGGCGAAGCCAUUGUCAACAAUGCAAACUACCAUGACACAUCUCCAUAUCGCUGGGGCGGCAAGACUGACAUUGACUUAGCUGUGGAUGAGAGGGGCCUCUGGGUCAUCUACGCCACGGAACAGAACAACGGCCGCAUCGUAGUGAGCCAGCUCAACCCAUACACGCUGCGCUUUGAGGCCUCAUGGGACACAGCCUAUGACAAACGCUCGGCAUCCAAUGCCUUUAUGGUGUGCGGCGUGCUCCACGUGGUGCGCUCCACCUAUGAGGAGAGUGAGAACGAGGGCGGCGGUAGCCAGAUCGAUUACAUAUACAACACCAAGCUCAGCCAAGGCGAGUACACAGACAUAGGCUUCCCCAACCAGUACCAGUACAUCACGGCUGUGGAUUACAACCCCCGAGACAACCAGCUAUACGUGUGGAAUAACUUUUACAUCCUUCGCUACGACCUCAACUUCGCACCGCCUGAUCCUGUUGAAGUGUCACCAGUGGGUGAAUUUCCGGUCUCUAAACCACCGGCCAGAACCACCACCUUCCUGGCGGCCACAGCUGCGCCCACAGCAAAGAGCCAAGGUGACCCUACCUUAGAGGGUGGAGCGGACCCCAGGGAUGGCAGGGAUCCGUUCGAGGACAUCCGAGGCUCGGCUACGGCGGAACCUGCCGUGCCGGACUUACCCCCCACACCCAGGCGCUUCUGUGAGGCCACCCGGCGGCGGGGUAUCGACUGGCCACAGUCCCAUACAGGCUCAACGGUGGAAAGGCCCUGCCCUAAAGGAACCAAAGGUGUUGCCUCCUUCCUGUGCACGGUGGCGGGGAGCUGGUGCUCCAAGGGCCCGGACCUCAGCAACUGCACUUCCCACUGGGUGACUCAAGUGGCACAAAAAAUCCGAAGCGGAGAGAAUGCAGCCAACCUUGCCAACGAGCUAUCAUUAUACACGAAGGGCCCCGUAUUCGCCGGUGACGUGAGUUCCUCAGUGCGUCUCAUGGAGCAGCUGGUAGACAUCCUGGAUGCUCAGCUGCAGGAGCUCAGGCCUAGCGAGAAGGACUCUGCAGGACGCAGCUUCAACAAGCUUCAAAAGCGAGAGAAGACAUGCAGGGCGUACAUGAAGGCCAUCGUGGACACCGUGAACAAUCUCCUCAGGCCCGAGGCUCUGAAGUCGUGGCGAGACAUGAAUUCCACAGAACAGACACACGCCGCCACUAUGAUGCUAGACACCCUGGAGGAAGGCUCCUUCGUCCUCGCCGAGAACCUCAUUGAGCCGGCCAUCGUCAAAGUGCCCGCCGAGAACAUCGUGCUGGAUGUAUACGUGGUGAGCACAGACGGCCAGGUGCAGGACUUCAGGUUCCCACAGACCAGCAGGGGCGGAUCCACGCUUCAGCUCUCCUCUAAUACAGUGAAAGUCAAUAGUAAAAAUGGUGUGGCCAAGCUGGUCUUCGUGCUGUACAAACACCUGGGUCAGUUCCUCAGCACGGAGAACGCCACACUGCGGGGCCACGGGGACGCCGGCAGACAUAACCUCUCCCUCACGGUCAACUCCCACAUCCUCUCCGCCUCCAUCACUAAGGAGUCCAGCCGCGUGUUUGUGGCCGACCCCGUGAUCUUCACGCUGGAACACCUGGAUAAGGAGCACUACUACAAUCCCAACUGUUCUUUCUGGAAUUAUUCCGAGCGGAGCAUGAUGGGUUACUGGUCCACUCAGGGCUGCAAGUUGCUGGACACCAACAGGAGCCAUACCAAGUGUUCAUGCAAUCACCUCACCAACUUCGCCAUUCUCAUGGCUUACCGUGGGAACACGGGCAAGGGGAGCGUCCAUGAGCUGCUCCUCACCAUCAUCACGCGGAUGGGCAUAGCUGUGUCUCUGGUGUGCCUGGCCAUCAGCUUGUACACCUUCUGUUUUUUUAAGGGCCUUCAGAGCGACCGCAAUACCAUCCACAAAAACCUCUGCCUCAACCUCUUCGUCGGGGAGCUUGUCUUUCUCGUAGGCAUCAACAUGACUGAACCCAAGCUGGUGUGCUCCAUCAUUGCCGGCAUUCUCCACUUCUGCUUCCUGGCCGCCUUUGCCUGGAUGUGUCUGGAGGGCGUGCAGCUGUACCUCAUGCUGGUGGAGGUCUUCGAAAGCGAGCACUCUCGGCGCAAGUAUUACUACGUGGUCGGCUACUUCUUCCCGGCGGCCGUGGUUGGCAUCUCGGCGGUCGUCGACUACCGUAGCUAUGGAACGCCGCGAGCGUGCUGGCUGAGAGUGGACAACCAUUUCAUCUGGAGCUUCAUCGGGCCCGUCACUUUUGUAAUCGUGGUCAACGUCAUCUUCCUUGUGGUCACCAUGUACAAGAUGGUCAAGCAUUCCACCUCCAUGAAACCAGACUCCUCCAGGAUGGGGGGGAUUAGGUCAUGGGUGUUGGGAGCUUUUGCUCUUCUUUGUCUCUUGGGCCUGACGUGGUCUUUUGGUCUGUUCUUUCUCAACGAGUCCUCUGUUGUGAUGGCAUACCUCUUCACCAUCUUUAACACCCUUCAAGGAAUGUUCAUCUUCAUCUUCCAUUGCCUCCUGCAGAAGAAGGUCCGCAAAGAAUACAGCAAAUGUUUCCGUCAGUCUCAGUGCCGUGGCACCCUGUCAUCCGAUGGCCCCCACGGAUCGGUCAAGACAGCCACGUCUCGGACUACAGCACGCUACUCCUCUGCCACCCAGAGCCGCAUCAGGCGCAUGUGGAACGACACGGUGAGGAAGCAGUCGGAGUCCUCCUUCAUCUCAGGAGACAUAAACAGCACCUCCACGCUCAACCAGGGCAUGACCGGCAACUACCUUCUAACUAACCCCCUACUCCGCACCCACGACACUAACCCUUAUAACAACCUGCUGGCAGAGACGGUGGUGUGCAACACGCCCUCUCCACCAACCUUUCACUCUCCAGGACAGCAGUCUCUGAGCAACAGCAGGGACAUCAGCACCAUGGACACCCUCCCCCUCAACGGCAACUUCAACAACAGCUACUCCCUGCGAGACGAUGACUAUGAAGGCGUCGGCGUGCGCGUCCCCCCGCCGGACUUAGGGGGCCUCAACCUAGACGACGCCGCCUUUGAGAAGAUGAUCAUAUCUGAGAUCGUGCAUAAUAACCUGCGCCCUCGCGCUGUCCCCAGAAGCCGUGGUGACGCCAAGCGGGACAGGGGCCCGACGCUGGCCCCGCAGACCCGGGUGGCCGGGGACCGGGGCAGCGGGAGCGGCAGCGAGGACGACGCCAUCGAGGCAGAUCGCGUCGAGGCCUCGUCCCCGCAGAGAGGAAGCGUGCAAGAAGGCCACGCGCCCCUCGAGCUGCUCCUGCACCCCCACCACAAGGAGGCCCUGGAGGCUCCCCUUCUUCCCCAGAGGACUCACUCUCUGCUCUACAGUGCCCAAAAGGCUCCUAGGCAGCUGGAGGGCCAGGUGGAGACCCUGACACCGGGAGAGGACACGAGCAACAACAACAGAGACUCUCUUUACACCAGCAUGCCCAACUUGAGGGACUCACCCUCCGCUUCACCGUACCCUACUGAGGAGGAGGAAGAGGACGAGCUCUCCCCAUCCACCCGGAGCGAGAGCGAGGACACGUACCAUAAAAGCAUGCCCGAGCUCGGCGAUGCCCCGCCUCUCUCCUAUUACCACAUAAACCGAGUGCCCAGCGACGGCUGCGUCCCUCCGGCGGCGCCCGCGACCCAAGAGGGGGACGCAGCCGGCGACGGACAGAUGCAGAUCAUCACCAGCCUCUGAACUCAAUACUUGAGCGGGGUGAGUUUUUUUGGUUGAUGUCAAUUGAGCGGCUGAGUCUGGCUCCGCACUCCACACGCGCCACAGGUACCUGGCGCGUUGUUGAGUGAGUAAAGGAAUGGAUCGGUGACUUUUUCUUUUCACACGGAAUUCGUGGACACUCAAAAACUUGUUCUUCUGAGGCCUGAAUGUGGACAGUGAACUCCCUGCUGUAGGAUUAUGGAGGUGCACAGACUUUGGAAAGGAUGGGAACGUUUGAAUAUUCUCUGUCCUGACACAAGACGAGGCUCUUUCUACAGAACUUCAGUUGCUCCACAGUCGUGAUUGUAAAGUAAUGAAACCACUAAUUCAGACUCAGGCCUUAUAUUUUCUCUAUUGCACAAUUAUCUGUUGUCAAAGUAACAGCUAAAGAAUUUAUAUUUUGGUGUACCACUUGUGUAAAAAGUAGUAAAAAAUGUUUUUUAAAAAAUCUGGUUAAAAAUAUGGAAAUAAAUAAUAAUGUAUACACAAAAAAAAAAAAAGAAACGCAACCAUUCAGUAGUUAACCCUCUCUUCCAUGUUAAUAGGAUUCUUCAUAUAAGGUUAAUAAAAAAGGGAAGGAAAUGUGCUUAUUUCCCUCCCACACUUGACUUGUUGUAUGUUCAAAUAUGUUUUAAAAGAAGAAAAAAAUAGUAUUGGGAAAGAGAUACGAAUUCUUACGCUCACGUCUCUUGCUUGUGAAGUGCUUUUUUGCUUUCAUGGACAACUAUUUGAAGGAAACGUGUCACCAAGACUUUGUUUGCAGACACUUUCUUUUGAAAGUUUGCUUGUUAAUUUAUUAACGGACGUAUUUGAUUUUUAAAAAAUGCAAAAGAUGUUGGGGCACUGGUUAGGUUCAUGUCAUUUUUUUUUUUUGUAAGGGCCCUUUGUCAGCAGAUAUUUAAUUCAACUCCUGUUUGAUAUUAAAUAAACGUGACU